UGGAACGUAGUGUAGUCGAUGGAGGCGACUGAGCCGCCGACAGGAAUUUUCGUCUCCAGUACUUCUUUGAAUCGCACUUAAGGCUCAGUUCGGAUGACAGUCCGUAAGAGACCGACACAUCCUUCAUGCAGUGAAAACCAGCAAAGAUUUGGAUGCAUGGAGGUCGUGGAUAGUCCGCUUAAUCUGGCCCAUCAGCAAUGCAGAAAGGCAGAUCGUUUGUUUUCUGCUGGAAAGUAUGAAGAGGCAAUUUCAUGCCAUGGGAAAGCAGCAGAACUUUUGACAGAAGCAAUGAAGACAACCGAGUGUAAACAGGCUCGUGUGUCCAUGGAGUUGCAGAGGGACAGGCAUAUUAAACAGCAGCAUCUUAUCCAGGAGCGCUGGAAGAAGGAAGCCCGUCGGGAGGCCACGAAAGCCCGACCUGACUCGGGUUCUGCCCUCCUCAUGCCAUCCCAGUCAGCAGGCCAGACCGUGGUCCCCCCCCCAAAUGCUGUUGCACAUGGAGGAGGUACAGAGAGAGAGUACGACACUCUACUCUACCAGCUUCAAACUCGACAGGUCGGAAGCCUCCAAACUGUGACCCCCUGUCCUGGAUCGAAGACCACCAAAGAUGACAAAACUCGCCUGGAAGAACAACAAACCACAAUUGAAGACUUGAGGCGCCUCGUCAACCAUCUGAUGGACGAGAACCAGCGGCUCAGCUCUGAGAACGAUAGGCUCCAAUCUGAAAACACCCGACUGCGGGCUGAGGCGGCAGAUGUUGUGGAGCGCUCUGAGCUCUGGGUGCUCCCUCAGGCAGGGGCCGCCUUGGCGACUGGGGGCAACCAGGAGAGGAAAGGCCGAGGCAAAGGAAAGGAAAUAGCAAUCCCUCAGCUGCCCCCACUGGAGAUGCCUGCUCAGGAAGAUUUGUGUUUGGAUGACCUGCCUCCUCUAGAGCUGCCAGAGGACAUCCAAAAUGAACUACAGGAGCUUUUGGACAAAGAAAAACUGUGAAAAACAAUUUCUUUUUAACAUCAACAUUGAUUUCAGGGUUCAAAAUGAUUUCUAUCUUUUUUGGUUUGGCUACCAAAAUCUUGGAUCUUGAACACAGAAUACACAAAUGAUGCUUGAGCCUCCAGGUCGAGUUCACCCUCCCAGUUAUGAGCAGAAAAAAGUACAACUAGUUCAAGUGAAUCAUCACUCUACUCCUAAAUUGAAAUAUUAGUGUGGUCACGCACCGCUUAUACAAACUCAAGGAUUCUUGAUUGAGAAAUUCCUCUCACAAGACAGUCAGGAUAUUCACUGCUAUUUUAUUUCUGUACCUUGUAUUAUUUACAACGUGAUAAGUUCAUAGGGGCCCUGAAAAUCCCAUAUCAAGGGUUACCUCUGUGAGGACAUGAUGUGAAUUAGUGGCAUUAAACCUGAUAUAUUAUG